AUGUCAAAUAAUGUUGAAGAUGCUACAAAGAAACUUACAAGAUUGUUGCUAGAAAAUCCGAAGAGUAAAGUGAUAUUUAUGGUAGGUGCAGGUAUCUCUACAUCAUGUGGGAUCCCUGAUUUCAGAUCACCAAAGACAGGUCUAUAUCAUAAUUUAUCUAAGUUAAACCUUCCUUAUGCAGAAGCUGUCUUUGAUAUUGAUUUCUUCAAAGAAACACCAAAGCCUUUCUAUAUGUUAGCUGCAGAACUUUACCCUGGAAAAUUCAAACCAUCGAAAUUUCAUCUAUUAAUGAAACUAUUUCAAGAUAAAAAUCGUUUACAAAGAAUAUAUACUCAAAAUAUUGAUACCUUAGAGAGAGAAUCGGGUGUUUCUCAUAAAUAUGUUAUUGAGGCUCAUGGUAGUUUUGCAGAAAAUCAUUGUACAGAAUGUAACAAAAUGUAUAAAAGGGAUGUCUUCGAGAAUAAAUUAAAAGAAUAUGAGAAGAACCCUAAAAAAGAAAAUUUAGCUAGAUGUAAAGAAUGCAAUGGUCUUAUCAAGCCCAAUAUUGUUUUCUUCGGAGAGGAUUUGCCUUCUAGAUUUUUCGAGAACUGGGAUUUAGAUCUUGAAGAAAUGGAAAAGGAAAGUUCUAAGGAACAAUUGAUUGUCAUAGUAGCUGGUACAUCGUUAACUGUCUAUCCUUUUGCAAGUCUACCAAUAGAAGUACCGAAGACACACCAUAGAGCUUUGAUUAAUCGUGAAAUCGUUGGUGACUUCUUAAAGGAACCUAGAAAAUUAGAUAUUAUAAUCAAAAGUCAUUCAGAUGAGGCUGCACAGAUUAUUGCAGAUGAAUUAGGAUGGUCUAAAGAGUUAGAUGCAUUGAUGGAAAAACAUGGAAUCUUGGAAACAAUCGUUGAUGUUAACGAUGAACUAGAGUCAAUUUCAAAGGAACUAGAUAAAUUAACAAUAAAUGAGAAAGACAAUAAUAUAUCUAACAAAUCUAACGAUUAUGUUACCAAAAAUACUCCUGAAAUAUCUAACUCAACUGAUAACGCUAGUACUGACAAAGUAACAACCAUUGCAGAUAAGGACACACCAAAGAAAUAA